UGAGAUACUGGUAUGGCUGUUUUCAUAAAGUUGGGCAGGUUACCUUUACAGUGCAAUAGGGCAUUGCCUUAUCUGUGUCUGAGAAGUUAUGGGUCUGCUCUCUACAUGACUGGUGAUGAAGCUAAAGACACAUUUUCUGUUGUUACUCCACAUAUUGACAUAGAAGCUAGAUUUAAAGACAUGUCUGCUUUAAAACAAAGUGUUGAGCUUCGAGGAAUGCUGGUUGAUGUAGAUAGUCUAAAAAGUUUCUGGGAGGUCUUAAAAAGUGUGGAAGCAGAUAGAAUCACAUUAGAAAAUAGACGUGUUGAUAUAGCAAAGAAGAUAAAAGAAAUAAAGAAGGGGAAUGAUGACGCUGCAAAAGAAACUGAGAAAUUAAAAUUACAAGGAAAAUUAUUAAGAGAAGAAUUUAAAAUAACAACGAAAGCAGUUUGGGAAUUACAGAAGAAAGUUAUGAUCAGGUUUUUGAGUUUACCAAAUAAUCUGCAUCCUGACACUCCAAGUGAAGGAGAGAAGAUUGUAAGUCAUUCUGGAAACGAGUCAAGUACAAAACAGACCGAAAGUCAUAUAAGAAUAGGAAAUAAAUUGGAUAUAUUAGACUACGUUAGUCCACUGUGUUAUUAUCUGAAAGGGGGGGCUGCCAUUUUUGAACUGUGUAUACUUGAUUAUUUCACUGAAGAACUUUGCAGGCACAACUUUAUUAAAUUUUGCAAUUCAGAUUUUGGGCGAAGUGUAGUGGUAGAGGGUUGUGGACUUGACCAUGAGGAUUCAGGUGUAACAUACAUCCUGCAAGAUACUAAUGAUAUUCUAAAUACAAAAGACACCAAUCGUUUACAUUUAGUUGGUGGAGCAUCACUACCAUCUUUCUGUUCUUUUCAUGCAAAACAAAUUAUACCAGUUACUGCACUUCCUUUGAGGUUAGUUGCUAUGGGGCGACAGUACAAACCUAGUGCCCACAAUCUGGAAGAGACAGAUUUCUCAGGAUUAUUUGGAGUCUGUCAGGCUUCGUCAGUUGAGCUCUUUAUAUCUACUACAGAUUUUCUGAGAAAUAUGAUGGAUGAAUUUGAUAGAACCAUGGCAGCAGUGACUGACAUAUACAAGGAGAUGGGGUUCCCUUUUAGAGUUGUUUACCUGCCUGCAAGAUCUUUGAGGUCAUAUGAGAGUUUAAGAGGCAGUUUCCAGAUGUAUUCAUCAUACUUAAAGACUUAUAUAGAGAUAGGUCAUAUUUCUGUUAGUGAUGAUUACAUCAGUAAACGUCUUCUCAUACGUUAUGAAGCAGAGCCCGAACAGAAAUUUACACGAAUUGUUUCCGGAACUGUGGUAUCUGUACCUAAAUUGCUAGGAUGUAUCCUAGAGUUGCACGAUGAAGCCAAAACCUUUGGAAGCAUUCCCAUGCCAGAAUCAGUAAAGCAGUGCUUGUUUUAAUCCCACUGAUGAUUAUGGUAAUGAAGGUGCUGGUGCAUUAUUAACCCAUAUAAGUUACACAUCUCUACUCCACAGUUCAA